GAUGCCUGACAGUAAAACAUCCAUCUUGCCCUAAUUUCUGCCUGCGGUGCUGCAAUGUCGAGUGAAAUAACCUUCCAGGCUGGCUCUGGUGCAGAGGUAUUUUGGCUGGAAGCUUUCUCUGAUGAGCUCUUUCUGUCUCUCUGUGUUCCUGAUCUCUGACACUCUCCACUCUUCUUUUUUUUUUUUCUUUCUUCCUUGGGCUGGGAUAUGUGCUGUCUGUAAUGCAUCAGGAAGUCAUACGCAAUGAGGAAACUCUCAUCGUCUGUGCAUCAGGGAGAGAAUUAUUGACUGAGUGCUGAGCAGUCAAGUUAUUGAUUCAAACCGUAGCCCAGUCUCUCUGUCUGCCGCUCGGAGCGGCUGGUUACAUCCUUCUGGGUCAUUGCACUUAACUGGAUUCUCUGAGCUGCCACAGAGGGGGGAGAGUCAGAACCAGAUGCAUCUAUGAUGUUUGCUUCAAAAUCCAGUUCCGUAUCCCCUUCUCCCUCCAUGGAGCAGGCGGAUUCGGAUGCUCUGGACAUCAGCACCAAAGUGCAGCUGUACGGUGUGCUCUGGAAGAGACCUUUUGGGAGGCAGUCGGCCAAGUGGUCCAGGAGGUUCUUCAUCAUUAAGGAAAGUUUCCUGCUCUACUAUGCAGAGAGUGAGAAGAAGAACUUUGAAAGCAAUAAAUACUUCAAUAUUCACCCGAAGGGUGUCAUACCCCUGGGAGGCUGCAUCGUGGAGCCCAAAGAGGAGCCCAACAUGCCUUAUGCCAUAAAGAUCUCUCAUGAAGACUUCCAUGGUAACAUUGUUCUAGCAGCCGAAUCAGAGUUUGAGCAGGCUCAGUGGCUGGAGAUGCUACAGGAGUCUGGAAAAGUGACCUGGAAGAAUGCCCAGCUGGGAGAAGCCAUGAUUGAGAGCCUGGAAGCCCAAGGACUGCAGCUGGCCAAGGAGAAACAGGAAUAUUUAGAUAAGCUAAUGGAAGAAACAGAAGAGCUGUGUCUGCAAAGGGAGCAAAAAGAGGAACUCGAACGUCUGAACCAGGUCCUGGAAGCAGAGAAGCAGCGGUUUGAAGAGGUGGUACGGGAGCUGCGGCUGGAGCAGGAGCAGAUCAGACGGGAGCUAGAGCUCACAGCCCGCUCCCUUAAGGGAGUGGAGGAAGAAAAGAAAGAGUUGCGAAGCCUGACGGAGUCCUUCCAGAAAACCCUAGAGGAGCUCUCCCUGGAAAAGCAGCAAAUGCUGGAUAUGCUGGAAGAAAAUGAGACCCAGCUCCCACCUCCAACCAGCCCCAGCAAGGAGCAAAGCCCUGCCUGGGGACUGCACUGCAGCCUGCAACAGAUUGAACAGAAGAUGCAGCAACUUCUUGAGGAGAAACUCCUGGCAGAGAAGAGGAUGAAGGAGAAUGAGGAGCGGUCCCGAGCACUGGAGGAGGAGCGGGCGUUUUACUCUUCCCAGUCACAAGCGCUGCAGAACUCGCUCUUGGAGCUGACUGCAGAGAAGCAGCAGACGGAGAGAGACCUCAAGGCUGAGGUGAAGGUACGCAUGGACCUGGAGAAGAGACUGAGAGAAGCUGAGGAAGCGUUGCAGAGCUUGGAGCAGGGCUUAAAUUCUCUAGAUCGCAACAAGGAGAAAGAGGAGAAGAUGAAAGCAGAUGUCAGUAACUUGAGAAAGUUCUUUGAAGAGUGCAUCCGCAAUGCUGAGCUGGAGGCCAAGAUGCCCGUGAUCAUGAAGAACUCCGUGUACAUCCACAAGGCUGCCACCCGUCGCAUAAAGAGCUGCCGCUUCCACCGCCGGAGAACCAGCUCUUCAUGGAAUGACUUGAAGCAGUCCCAGUCCUUCAUCUUCUCACAUGCAGAAGCUGAAAAUAUUGCGGAUCUGAAAGAAACAGCCAAAAGACUGAGCCGGGACCAGCACUUCAGGGAAACUCUCUAUCAGAUCAUGAGGUCGCAGAAGGAUUCUGCUUUGGGGGAGGAAAAGUGACUCUUGUUGGGAGGGGGCUUCUGAUCUCAACUUGAUAAUGAGCUCCACAAAAGUUACACCAUUGGGCGCUAGGGUCAGAAGGGAGAUUUGCCCUUUGGUGGGCAAAGUGGGGGAAGGUUGUGUGUAGGCAAUUCCCUCAGUUAGUGGCUUUGCUUUAGUUUGAAUGCUGCCUGUAGCCUGGCAGACCUUCUCUGCUGAUCGCUCCAGAUCUGUUUGCUUCAGCUGCUUACGUUAAGCUGUGUUUUGCCAAGGUACCACGGUCAGUGCUGAAGUGAACCACAGGCCGUAGCUUAGGAAGUGCCUCUUCUUUCCUGUCUAGUGUCUCUGCCAAACACAAGUGCUUCUGCAAAAGCCCUUUAUCAGCCUAUGCUUCAGUAACCUCCCCAGCUGGACACAGCUUACCUUCUUCUGCCUGAUCCCCACUGGGAAGUGGCUUGCUGCACAUCUCCAGUCAUCAGCACUUUGGUGGGGCAUGUUUCCUGGCACAUUUCCUGAAGACUGCAGCAGUUCCAGCCUGCCAAGCACAGGCAAUAAUAUCAAACACAGGGCAAUCUCUUGAUGCUACAUCAUUUCAAGCAACUCAAGGUGAAGACUACCUGAGGAUGCUGUGGAUUUGGCUCCAAGGAGGAUCAUGUGCAGAGAAGAGCUUAUAGGUAAAUCAGCAUCAUUGAUAGAAGCUGGAGGGAGGGUUGUGUUGUGUUGACUGCAGAUGGAACAUCCUGGGACCACCUUUGCACUUUUUUUUUUGCACUGCAACAUCUGGAUGUGUCACGGUAAGAAAGAGAAGCAGAGAGGUGUGCUGCAGAAAGUGUUACCUGUAGGCAAAUUCAGCGUGGAGGAGCCUUUAACUCAGGUGUGAUGGCUUUCUCACUACCUCUGUAAAACAAGCUUGAGGAUAGUUGGGUGAGAAAUGUCCAGCAACACAACCCACUCCCACUCAGACUAUUAAACAUUGUCAGCAGUGAGUUAUUUGGGCUGUGGAGGUGGGGAAAGUCAUCUCCAUAUCUGCUGCAGUGAAUAGCCUGUGUCCAAGGCUUUGUAGUGCUCUCUGCUAGUCCUCUUAAUUGCAAUCCAAACUAUCUCAGUCAAACUGGAUUGGGAGAAUUGCUGUGGUCAGUCUAUUUAGGGAUGGGCUUCUGGCUGGCCUCUGUCCCCUCUCAAGUGCUCACCAUGUGGUUAUUGCAGGGGAGGAUUUGCCCUGCAUGGGCUUGUCUUGUAUGUUACAGGACAGAAAUCACUUUGUUGUGGAAACCUUGCAGCCUCUCCCACCUACUUUCAGCAACCAGCUGGCCCAUGCUGUAGUAGCAGCUCUGCCUGCUGCUUACAGGGAACCUGAUGAGCACAGAGUGAUGCUGUUAUUCCUAUGGUAUAAACUGGGAAACAAAGGAAUAGACAAUACAAAGGUGAACAGCAGAGGUACAGUUUGGGCUCAGAGGGUCCUACGUGCAGAUUUAUUAGGGCUUUCAGGGCUGUAGCCCUCAGCAGUACCCCUGAGUAUUACAAAUGUCUAGUGACACUGGGCUCACACUGUCCGGUCCCAGGCUUUAGUUUCUGGCCAUCUAAUCAAUUUCCUACCAAUUCAGUGCUGUUUCUGGGGAGAAGUCGGGGAUGAGGCUGGGAAGGGAGCACUGGCUUGCCAGACAGAGAAGAGGCAUUGAUGCUGGGUAGAGGAGCAUACUGGGAGGGGAUGAUGCUCCUGAAGGGAGUCACUCUGGUGUGACCAGAGGAAAAGCAUUGAAGGUGCAGCCUCUGCUUUCCAUUUCGGGUAGUUACUGACCAGUGUCCUCCUGCCAGGCAAUCAGAGGGUCCAGCACUGAAGGCUGACAUUUUUGUGAUGACAGGGGAUGCAAAAGGAACAGAGAGUUUGCAUCCCUCCUUAGCAUAGCUGAUCUUCCUGUGGUUUUACCAUUUGUGUGCUAGAAAGUUACAAGUGAAUUCUUGCUCCUACAAGGCUGAAAGGCUGUGAGAAAGUGAUGCAGAGCUGGUUUUGCCCUUACACUGUCCUCACAUCAUCUCUAGCUGUUUUCCAGUUACAAGGUCUAUAUUAUGUAAUGCUGGAAGGGACAGGAGAAAGGACAGCCAGGGAGUGUAUCUGUAAUUCAGGCAGUUAGGAAAAUCACCCUGUGGCUUGUGAAUGCAGCACCUUUGAUCUAUUGCCAUCAAAAGCCACAAUAUCAGAAUUUACAGAAGUAUUGUACUCAGGAGGCAGUCACAUCGGGUCUUCCUUUACUGUUCAUAUUAACAGCAAUAAAUAAAUUAAAAUUACAUCAACA